AUGGGGGUGGGGGGUGGGGGUAAAACCCAGGACAUUACCUGCUUGUAUUGCAGCUCGGACAAUCCUUCUCACACACUCAAGCUGAACUGCUGCUGCUGCUCUGAACCUCCUGAGGAUCUCAUUAACACUGGUCUGUCCGGCAGCCAAGACCGGAUUCUCAAGCACUGAUCUACUUUAGAGAGUGUGUGUUUGUGUGGAAAAGAAGGAGGUGUGGACUUUCUUUUUUUUUUGCCUUGCAUUUCUGCGGCAACUGGCUCUGUUUACAACACCAAAAACCCUCCGCAAGAAAGGCUUUCAAAAACGUGCUUUUUCUAUUCUGAAAGAUACCGGCAUUGCGCCAAAGCUACCUUCCUUCAAUCUUCCUCUAUCGAUAGCCCUGGCAUGCUGGAGGGGGUAAGGAAGCACUUUCUUUUUUCUUCAUUGAAAUUGCAUUUGGAUUUCUGAGGAACUUAAACCAUGCUUUAAAAGUUCAAAGCCCUGGUGAUGUGAGAGUUUAGGCAUUGCAAGACUCAAAACAACAGAACUGUGGAUUAUGGCACAGUUCUACGCAGUAGCCUCUGAGCCAAAGGAUUUUUCUAAAGACAAUUGUGAAACAGACCUACCAACUUAUACCUGAGUCUUAAAUUAGAAGAAGUAGUGAUGGGACUGUGCUCAAUUGUAUUGCGGCAAACUCACAUUUGACUUUUUUUUCCUGGAGCUUUGUGUGCAAAUUCUUGCUGCUUAAUCUGAUAGCCACAAACUCAUUCCAGAAAAAGAAAAAAUAACUAUUAGGAUUCCCAUUUACUGUACUUGACCCACCAGCUUCAAGGUUUAGUGUCUACAAUACCUGUCUCCAAAAAUACAGGAUCUUGUACAAUCCCUUGAGCUUGUAAUAUCCCCAGUCUAGACUACAAUCACUUCUCUUUGUUUAUCAUAUUAAUCUGGAACUCAUCUGGCACUGACCAAGACCAGAUCUCAAAUGCCUGGGGUACUGCUGAAGGUACAAUGAGUAGUCUUGCAAGGAUUCUGCUGGUGGGCUUGCUUCUGAUGCAGAAGGAAGGGGAAGGAGUUUUUUCAAACCCCCACGGCUGCCCUUCUUCCUGCAUCUGUGCCUCAGACAUCCUGAGCUGUGUCAACCACAAACUGCACCAGGUGCCUGCAGUGCUGCCCCACUGGACUACCACUCUGGAUCUCAGUCAUAAUGUCCUGGCCCAACUGGGCAACGGGGGCUUCUCUGGGCUACCCCGGCUCCAGACCUUGCGUCUGGCCCACAACCAACUCGAGCAAAUCUCAGAUGGGGCUUUCCAAAAUGCCAGCAACCUGCGCCACCUGGACCUCUCCUUCAACAAGCUGGAAGUGGUGGAGCAGCACUACUUCCAGGAGUUGGUUAACCUGGAGGUGCUCCUGCUCUUCAAGAACAGCAUCUCCCGGGUGGACAGCCAGGCACUAGCAGGGCUGGGCAACUUGCACAAGGUCUACUUCAGCUUGAACCUCCUAACCAACUUCCCUUUCUUCUCCAUCCAGGAGCCCAGUCACCCCCUCCUCAACACAUUGGACAUCUCCUCCAAUCGCCUGCGCACGCUGCCCAUCGACAAGGUGAAAGCCCUGCCAGCUAAUGUCAAGAAUGGCCUGUACCUCCACAACAACCCAUUGACGUGCGAGUGCAGCCUCUAUAAAAUGUUCCUGCACUGGGAGAAGCUGGGCUUUGGGUCAGUGCACAACUUCCGGGAGGAGCACACUUGCUUGGUAUAUGGGGAGCCCAGAGCCCAGGUCCGAUUCUUCCGUCAUGUCCGCAUCUUUGAGAACUGCACCUUCGGGCCUCAGACGGAGGCCCCCGAAGACAGUCUGAAGGCAUUUGUGGGCGAGUCGCUGCUUUUUGACUGCAAUACCUCUUUCAAUCGGGCGCACACCACGUACGUCUGGAUAUCCCCGCACCAGGAGUUCAUUGCCCCGCCAGGCAACACCAACAAGACCCUGAGGAUGUACAACAACGGCAGUUUAGAGAUCAAGGAGGCCCAGAUGGAGGAUUCAGGGGUUUACGUCUGCAUCGCCCUCAACCACAGGCUGCUGCUCAACGAAACCCGCGAGGUGAACGUCACGGUGUUGACGAGGCGCUACGAGGAGGAGUCCUUCAACACGGGUCUGACUACUCUCUUCGGCUGCUUGGUGACUUUGGUGCUGAUCCUCAUGUACCUCUUCCUGACCCCCUGCCGCUGCUGGUGCCGCAAGCAGCCCACUCCCAGCCCUGUUAACGAGUGCAGUGCCCAGUCUUCUAUCCUGACCACCACCCCUCCAGCCACCACUGAGGGCCCUGGCGGCAAGGCGAGCACCACCAAGCAUGUGGUCUUCCUGGAGCCCAUUAAGGAGGUGCAGAACGGGCGGCUCAGGGUGGUGCUGGGGCGAGACCACCCCAAAAUCCAACAGCUCAAGUCUGACAACGAUUCCAUCACCUCAGUGUUAUCUGACUCACCCAUAGUGCCCUAGUGGGAGGAAGGUGGAAGUAUCUCCUAUUCUAGUUCUAGGAAGGUCUACAGACUAAACACCCUAAAAGUCUCUUCCUUCUCAAGCAUCUUAAAUUGGAUUUGCUACUGACAGGAGUAGGUCUACACUCAUUAAGUCGCACAAAUAGUUCAGUGAAUUGGAACACUGCAACACUUAUUUUUGGAACCGAUAUGGGAGAAUACAUCAGGCACAGCCAUAUAAUAUACUUAAACUGAUAGAAUACCAUAGCUACUAAUCUUAGCGUUUGUCAGACUUUGAUAGCCAUGGACUAUGAACUAGUCAAUGACAAAGUAAUCCACGCUCAAAAUCCACGCUUUUUUGUUUCAGAGUCCCUGAUGACCUCCUGUCAUGAACUUGCUUUCUCAACCUGCUUUACCUCUUGGCAACUUUUUAGAGGCUCCUAACUUUUGAACUUUUGGACUGAAAGACUUUCAGUGCGAGAAGCAUGCUCAAGGAGACACUGCUCACACCAGAGAUAAAAACAGUCUGCUGUCAGCUUUACAGACUGAGGUCUCAGCCUGGGGUUGUUACCACAGAGAAACCAAUCGCAGAACAAGUUAAUGCUGAUAUUGUGUUGCCAGGAUUCUUGCUUUUACAGAGUUACUGAGAAAGACUGAACAAACAACAAGGCUUUACAUGAAGGAACACUAUAGCUUUCUUCUUUGUUUUUAAACUCUAAUAAAUCUGCUUGACCCUUAA